AUGAAACCUAGCGGCAGCGGCGCGAGUAGUGAUCCAGCCGGUUCUGUUGUUUCCAGGGCGGGGGCAACGGGAGAUGGAGCUGGAGUGGUAGAAUCGCCCCGUUCUCUGUCGGCUUGGCUUAAAGAGGGCCCCUUCGUGCUGUCCAUGUCACCUGGAUUCUUUGGCUUUUACGCCCACAUCGGAGCUCUGAUUGCCCUGGACAAUGAAGGCCUCCUCAAUGAGGUGAGCUUCGCCACAGGGGCGAGCGCUGGUGGUCUGGUGGCCGGACUGUUCGCGGCUGGACUAUCACCCACCGACAUGGGUGAGACCGUCGUGAAGUUUCGGCGGUCUGACUUUUGGGACCCCGUGGGUUUUGGGGGGCUCCUGCGCGGAAAGAAGUUCGAGGACAUAGUGAAGGGGACCCUCCCGGAUGACGUGCGUCGAUUCGAUCAAGGCCGGAUUCCCCUGGCGGUCUCGGCGUUUGAUGUGUCCCGCCUGAUGACGAGGACACUGGACGAAGGGUGUAUUGCCCAAGCCCUCCGAGCCACGUGCACCUUCCCGGGCCUCUUUGCCCCGGUCUGGCACGACCGAGGUGUUUUGGUGGACGGUGGGGUGCGGGACACAACCGGCAUGUGGUGCGUGCCGGAGGAGCGACAGGACUGCCGCCGCAUUCUGAACGUGACCUUUGGUAGCAGGAACGGCAGGGGCGUGUGCGUGCCGCCUUCUAGUUUCCCUACCGCGUCCAAUCCACGGCCUGCCCCUGACGGAAUGGAGAUCGUGUCUCUUCCGCUGGCUGGACUACCGAGGCCCCAUCCGUUUGCCAUGGAGCGAGGCGUGGAUGCGAUGGAGGCGGCUCGGGACCAAGUUGCUGCAGCAAUAGGAGAGCCCCUCUUGAAAGGGCAUGGUCGAUCUCAUUGGAUCGCCGCCACUACGGCGACCCAGCCACCGCCGGCCAAGCGCGCUCGCCGAGACGGUAGCGGCAUCCCCAGGGAGAGUUGCGUUGCCGCCAGCAAUGAAGCAGUCUGCAGCAGCGGCGGCACCAGCGCAAAUGGGGAGCUUGGGGGGGCGGCAGUACAGGGCGGCGUAGCAGAGGUGAAGCAGGAAGGUGGCACCUGCGGGUCUAGCAGCGGCAACAGCACUCCCAGCAAUGGCAGCCGCAGUAGCAGCAGGGAGGUGGCGACUGGUACCGCCCCCGUCGGCAAUGGCAUAGUCCUUCCAAACAGAAGCGUGGCUGCAACUAGGCUUGCUUGUCCCGCCGUAAGGGCAGACAAAGGCACGGCUGCGCCGGUGGGGUUGGACGGAUCAGCAGUCGCAGGAGGCUGUCCGAGGGGCGCAACUGCGGCCACGAAGGGCGCAGCUGCGAACACGCAUGACACCGGGCUGGUAGACGGAGGAGCCGACCGCAAGAGGAAAGCCGAAGGGCCGCUGGUGCCACAAGCUGCAUUGACGCAGGGGGGCUCCAAGAAGAACCUCCCGUCGCAUGACAUUACGUGCCUGGGCGAGUACAAAGAGACCGCAAAAUCGUCAGGUGGCGCAGUGACUCCCAGCGAAGCUCACACAACCGGAGCAGCUAGCGGAGGCGGCGCUACCCGUGCCUCGGGUAGUGUUGAAGCCGCGGGUGCGGAAAACCUAAGUGGGUAUGGAACGGCAAAUCCGCCCGCACGUCAUGAAGGCAAGCGAACUUUUGAACAUGUCGGCAGGGAAGGGUCAGUUUCACCGUCUCGCAUGACGAAGAGACCCCGAUCGCCCACAGCUCAGAUCACGGGAUAGUAUAUGCAGCAUGUUCGUCUUGUGGAUUACAGCGCCCUAGAUUGAUUUGAGGUUUGGAAUGGGCGGAGUUUUACGGCAGGGGCUCGGGGGAUGGGAGAGCAUUUGGCGGCCGCAGCGCGUCCAUGCUCAUGUCAAGCAGAAUUUGCCCCGCGAAGAUUUGGCACUUGCCUUUCUUCGGAUCAGACCAGUUACAUUUGGUGUCAUAAUUGUCUUGGCGUGCGCCAGCGUGGCGACUUUAGUCGAGGCAGUUUUUCCUUUCCAGUUUUUAAUGUGUUUCAUUGGUUUCGAUC